GGUUCUCAUAUGAUGCCUUCCUGUCCCAUCUGCUUUCCUUGUUCAUACAGGUGAUGAGAGGCCAUUCCCAUCCAAUCAUGACGGGGAAUUCCAGCAGCCCUGUGCUAGACAACGCCACCCUUGCCUUGUUUCAGGACAUAAACACCAGCAUUGCCAUCUCUGUCAUCUACAUGAUAGUCACUGCCAUUAACCUGGUAGGAAAUGGCCUUUCCAUGUGGCUCCUCCUCUUCCGUACCUCCCCCAAGACUCCCUCCAUCAUCUUCAUGAUUAAUCUCACCCUCACCGACUUGGCCGUUGGCGCUGCCCUGCCCUUUCAGAUUGCCUACCAGCUCAAAGGAUACAACUGGAGUCUGGGGCCCGUGAUGUGCAGUUUCCAGACCCUCGUCUUCUACACCAAUAUGUACUGUUCCAUCCUGACCAUGAUGGCCAUCGGAAUUGACCGCUACCUGGGAAUCGUCAGGCCCAUGCUAUUCAGGGAGACCAGGGAGAGGAAGUCCAUAGCUGUCAUCAGCUGCCUCCUCAUGUGGGGUUUGGUCCUGAGCGUUCUGUACCCACUGAUGACCACAGACCUGACCUUUGACAUUCCUGAACUCGGGAUUACCACAUGCUUUGACAUGUUGAAGAAAAACAUGCUCCCGAGCCAGUCAGCCUGGGCUGCCUUUCUCUUCACCAUGGUGUUUGCCCUCUUCCUCUUCCCUUUCUGUGUCACAACAUUCUGCUAUGUCAGUAUCUUACGCAAACUGACCAGAGAUUCAAAGACUGCCCAGAAAGAGAGAGCGAUACGUCUGACUUUCGUUGUGCUCCUGGUCUUCACCCUCUGCUUCGCUCCCAACAACAUCCUCCUGUUGAGUCAUACUGUGAUGAGACUCUUCUAUGGUCAGUCUCUCUACAUGGCCUACAAACUGUCUCUCUGUUUCAGCAGCCUGAAUAGCUGCCUUGAUCCAUUCAUUUACUACUUUGCUUGCAAGGAUUUUAGACAAAAGUUGAGACAGAUAAUGAAUCUGCAAAGCCUGACUAGUGGGGACUCAAUGAGGAUGGAGCAUAAAGAGAGUUUGUACUCGGCACAUUGCGCUUUCGAAGGUCAAGAGAGAGAGCAUAGCAAGAUGUCUUUGAUGCCACAGUAGACCACAGAAUGGAGCGACAGUAAGAAUAAAAUAGAUGUGAGAAAGGAAGUGAGAGAAAAAGUGUGUGUUGCCCUGAGUGUGUCAAACGUUUGCAAUGUCUUUUCUUGGCUCAACAUUCAAGAUCAUUUUUUUACAUGUAUUUUUAUGUGCGCCACAAAUGAUUAUCGACAGCAGCUGAGUCACUUUGCACACUUCAUUAUUAUUGCAUUAUGUUAUGUGUUAUUUUAAAGAGUGAAAAAAAUGUUUAUUGUAUAUGUAUUUUAUUAUCUGCCACAAGCUUCUUAACAGUUAUUUUGACAAUAUAUGUAGCAUGCACACAUGUAGAUAAAGUGUGAAUGAAAUCUAUGUAUUGUAUAUAUUAUAUAGCCUUCUCUGCCCGAACAUAGUUGUACUUCUCUGUAAAUCACAGUGUACUGUGUGACUGGGUAUAGACCUUUUCACCUUAUAUGGGAGAAAUGGACAGAAAGUCCUCCUAUUCUUAUGUUUUUGUUUUCUUACUCUACAAAAAUAAAAUUAUUAUUAUUAUUA